AUGCCCGUGGACCCCCGCCUGCGCCCACGAUAUCCCUGGAGAGAGCUAUCUGACCGAAAUAUUCCUGGACACUUCCCAACACCCUGGAACUAUCUCUGGAGCCCCACGGUGCGGGUGCGGGUGCGGGUGCGGGUGCGGAUCGGGGACCUCGAGCCCAACGCCGGCCGCCCGGCGCCCGCCCGCCACUUGGGCGCCAGGGCUGCUUUGUUUACCACCUGGUCCGUGGCGCCCCCCGCGCGCGGCUGCAUGACCCGAAGUCCGCCCGGUGGACGCAAGACCGCCAGCGACGCGUUUGGAGCUCCUGGGCGCGCUCACCUGGCGACCCGCCCGGGCCUGGAUGCGGCUGCGGCCGCCCGGUCCCGUGCCCGGAGCCCCGACCCGCGCGCUGACCUACCUGGCCGCCGGAGCCCAGCCCAGGCUCCGGGGCUAACAGAGGCGGCGCCUGAGGCAGAGCGAGGCCAAGCGCUCGCGCUGGCUCCCACAGCCAGGCCUCCUUGCCGGCGGCCAGGCCGGGGCCUUCCCCAGCGGGCGGGCCCCAGAGCCCGGCAGCUCCUGGCGCGGCUGGACGCGCGCCCCCUGGCGGCCCGAGCUGCAGCCGACGUGGCGGCGCUGGUACGCAGGACGGGCGCCACAUUGCGCCUGCGCCCCAACGCGGCCGUUAGUGUGCUGGAUUCUGCGGACAUAGAGGUUACAGACAGUCGCCUGCCUAAUCCCACUUUCGUGGAACACCGGCCGCAGCAUCAUCGGUCAGAGACCUUGGGUACAGGUCCUGCGCCGCUCCAAGUGACCCAGGCUAAGGCACGUUCUGCUUCGAAGCCGCUCCAGACCUCUGGACGGUUCUGCGUGGAACUGGUUCGCGGUUCCACGGGCUUUGGCUUCACAUUAAGCGGAGGCCGAGAUUCAGCAGGGGAUGCUCCUCUGGCAGUGCGCGGGCUGCUGGAAAACGGGCCAGCACAGCGCUCUGGUCGCUUGCAGGCUGGGGACCUCGUGCUCCACAUCAAUGGAGAGUCAACUCAGGGCCUCACCCAUGCCCAGGUGGUGGAGCGCAUUCGCACGGGCGGCCCCCGUCUGCGCCUCGUACUAAGCAGGCCUCUUGAAACCCACCCCGGCCAACCUGAAGGGAUGGGAGGGCCCCAGAAAGGAGAUGAUCGCAGCCCAGAUCCUGGUGGACCAGAGGUGAUGAGGUCUCGCAGCGUCAGUGCUUCCCCACUUCAGCACCCUCCAUCCGGUACAGCGGCCCGAAUCCCCGGCAGCCCAGAGCCUAGCCCAGAGCCGCUGGCCGACUGCCCCGCGGUUUCUCCUCCUGAGCGCCGCACAGAGGACCCUGACGACCGAACCCCGGGUUCCCCGGGACCCUGGCUGGUGCCGAGUGAGGAACGGCUUUCGCGGGCCCUAGGGAUCCCAGGGGCCGCGCAGCUUGCUCUUGAGACGGCAGCCGGGAGGCGGAGGCACUGAGCAGGUAUGGGACGGUCCGAUGCUCACUUGGUACUGCCCAGCCUGGAUCUGGUGUGCUCCGCCGACCGCACACUAGCAUCCCUGGGAGAGCUUCCACUUGGUCCUGCCCCACCCCCACUCCUGCUGCGCCGCGGACCAGCCCGCGCUCCCCCCGCGGUGUCAGUGGUACAGCCCUCCGGACGGGCCAGCCCUGCGCUUCUGGUUUUGAGUGGGGGAGGUAAUAAAAUGGUUUGACCCAGUCUUGACUUGCCAGGUGCUCUAGGCCGGGUGGGGCUCCUGAGUUCAUCCCGCAAAGGAGGGGGUGGGUCGAUCUGGUUUCAAGGAGGGCCUCUUCUUGUAACCAUUGACAAGCUUACUUUGUGCUGUGGGCCUCUAAGCAGGGUCCGCUUGUGCCGAUCCUCAGCCUGGCGUGCUUUCUCCCCACUCCGUUUUUCUUCUCCAACUCCUGCUUCUCUCCGCGUUCAUUCAUUUCACUUUUGGGGAGGUGUGAGGGGCUCACGGAUAAUCUUUGCUCCCGGCGUGGGGAAUGCAGAGGUGGGCCGUUGUAGCGGGAGUGCACCUGAAUACCCACAGCCCCAUGCAGGAAUCGUCCAGAACCUCAGCUGAUGGCCCGAGAGCAAGGCUAGAACCAGGGUGGCUUCCUUCACCAGGAGCCUGUGGUCUCUCAUUUCCGGCCUUAGUCGGCCAGCUUUCGCUGGCACGUAGACUGCCACCCUUAGGGCAUGGGCUGGGGCCCUGGAGCCCCCUUUGGGGCGGAGCCGGCAAGGUGUGAGUCAGCGGGCUGGGCUAAAAAAGGCUGUUAGAACCUUUGAGCCGCGCCCCCUCUUCCAUAGAUGGUGACGAACUGCAGCCAGGCUUGUGUGCACACGCCACAUGCUGGGCGUUCCUGGUCCAGGGAGAGGCCAGAGUUUCCUCCAUCCUGGGAGCAGAGCCCUAAAGGCAGGGCUUAUAUGGCCAGCGGGACUCCAACCGGGAUAGCCCCGAAGCCAGCGCUGGCCCAGGCCCGAAAUGUCCAGUCACCUCCGCU